CCCACACAAUACUCUCUUGUCUCUCUCAAUUAUUAAAACCCCUCCAAACUAGCACUUUAAAAAAGACCAGAGAGAGACACAGCUCUCACACAACAGUCUCCACCUCCAAUGGCAUCAAUGGCGGCCUUUUUCAUCAAAACCCCAUACCAAUCUCUCUCCUUUCCCAAAACCCAUUUCUCCACACCCCUCAAACUCCCUCUCUCUCUCCAUUCAAAUCCCAAAACGACGAAGAUCCGAAUUUCUUGCGGGUUGAUCAACCCGGAUGGCGGAAAACUUGUGGAGCUCGUCGUCGAGGAGUCCCAGAGGGACGAGAAGAAGAGACAAGCUCUUUCGAUGCCGAGAAUCAAGCUGUCUCGGAUCGAUCUCCAAUGGGUUCACGUGCUCAGCGAAGGCUGGGCUAGCCCGCUCCGAGGAUUCAUGAGAGAAUCCGAGUUCCUCCAAACUCUUCAUUUCAAUCUGCUCCGACUCGACGACGGCUCCGUCGUCAACAUGUCGGUGCCGAUCGUGCUCGCCAUCACCGACUCCCAGAAGAGUCGGAUUGGCGAGUCCUCCGCCGUCGCUCUGGUUGACUCCGGCGACAACCCGGUAGCGAUUCUUAGCAACAUUGAGAUCUACAAGCAUAACAAAGAAGAACGAAUAGCAAGAACUUGGGGUACAACUGCCCCUGGUUUGCCUUAUGUCGAGGAAGCGAUAACCAAUUCUGGAAACUGGCUCAUCGGGGGUGAUUUGGAGGUUAUAGAGCCAAUCAAGUACCACGAUGGUCUUGAUCGAUUCCGACUGUCCCCUGCAGAACUCCGUGAGGAAUUCACAAGGCGUAAUGCCGAUGCUGUGUUUGCUUUCCAGCUCAGGAAUCCAGUGCACAAUGGCCAUGCUCUGCUCAUGACAGAUACACGUCGUCGACUUCUUGAGAUGGGAUACAAGAACCCCGUCCUCUUGCUUCAUCCAUUGGGAGGCUACACAAAAGCCGAUGAUGUUCCUCUUAGUUGGCGAAUGAAGCAGCACGAAAAGGUACUUGAAGAUGGGGUUCUUGAUCCGGAGACUACUGUGGUUUCUAUAUUCCCAUCACCAAUGCACUAUGCUGGUCCUACUGAGGUGCAGUGGCAUGCCAAGGCUCGGAUUAAUGCAGGGGCCAACUUCUACAUUGUUGGGCGGGACCCGGCUGGCAUGAGCCAUCCAGUUGAGAAAAGAGAUUUAUACGAUGCCGACCAUGGAAAGAAGGCGCUGAGCAUGGCUCCUGGACUGGAGAGGCUAAACAUCCUCCCUUUCAAGGUGGCUGCAUACGAUAAGACUCAGGGGAAGAUGGCAUUUUUUGAUCCUGCAAGGCCUCAGGAUUUCGUCUUCAUUUCAGGCACCAAGAUGCGAACGCUUGCAAAGAACAAGGAAAAUCCUCCGGAUGGAUUUAUGUGCCCGGGUGGUUGGGAAGUGUUGGUCGAAUACUACGACAGUUUGGUUCCCAGUGACAAUGGCAAAGUUCCUCAACCUGUGGCUGCUUUGGAUUUGGUGUGUCAAUAAAUAAUGGCACAUCUGUUUGGGAGAAACUGAAACUCUAUUAAUAUCCAAUUUGUGAUUGUUCAGAUGUUGUAAAGAUUGUCCAACUCUCUAAUAAGUCAUAUGAGGAGCACUGGUAUAGUGACACAAAGGCUCAGCCUCAACUUGUAAUCAGAGCUCCAACAUGGCAGCUUGAAAUUGCACACUACUCGGUGUGCAUUCUGUACCAUAUUGUGAUUGGGUUUUUAAAAUUGAAAAACAUUUUAUUGUGUAGUGCAUUUUAA